AUGGAAAUUGAAUCCGACGACGACACCUUGCGCAGCCUCGCAGCUGGCAACUCCAUGGACUACUCAACAUGGCCGCUCUUGCUCAGCACCAUUAUAUCGCGUCUUGACAAGAUCGCAAACAACGACUUCCCCAUCCCACGAAUCCCCGAACCAGCCUCACCAGUAGCUCCCUCUCCCCAGGAACCACGCUUUCUCGCCCCUCUCCCCUCCUCCGACGCCCUCGAACCACCGCAAUCAUCAGCCCCCAACGAGGCCGCCAGCUCGGCAGACUCAUCCCAAGAGACCAACAAGGAGAAUGCCGCCCCGACACCACCCACCUCCGCCCCGGCGCCCACUUCCACUCCCGCAGCUGCCGCCGCAGCAAAUACAUCAGCCUCGGAGCCCGGCACGCUCCCGCCGCAGAUCGUCGCCAUGAUCGCCGAGAUCAACGGCGUCCUGAACGAGUCCUUCCACACAUACCCACCCCAUACCAUUCAGCGGCUCGCAGAGCUGGUGCUCCAGCCGAGGCAGCACUACAAGUCGCUGCCGUCAUACUUGCACGCUGUGGACAGGGUUGUUCACGUUACCAGUGGCAACAAUAGCUAUCCCUUGCCGCCUGCCAUCCCAGACAUGUCGUCCAUGUCGCUGGGUGGCCCGAAUGGAGUGAUGGACCAGGGCCAGCCGCAGGAGAACGGAUCCGACACGUCCAUGGCCUGGGUCAGCACGAGCAACGGGAACGCCAUUGGCAGCGAUGAGGCCCUGGGCGGGGCGCUGCUGACACCCAUCCCAUGGCUUCAGAGGCGGUCAAGCGGGAAUCGUGACGGAGACGGAGGAUCCGAGUCCGGGGAGUCGUCCACGCUGGGCUCCGAGGGCGGGCCGUCACCCCUGGCGGCAAACCAGGGCCCGGGAGCGUCGCAGAGGAGCUCACAGCAGUCAUCGCGGCAGUUCGAGACCCGCACCGAGAGCACAGAGACGAUAGACGGGCCCAACGGCGUCGGGAGCAUCGAGACGGUCUCCAUCUCUAUCAACGGCAUCCCCCCAAUGGGCUCGGCCGCGCAGCAGCGCGUCAUCACGCAGGGUGAGCUUAUCCGCCAGGAACAGAGGGCCGGGGUGGUGCCAGUCAGCCAGCUGCAGCGGUCAGGGCCGGUCGUCGUUACCUCGUCGUCGGACGCCUCGACAGCUACCGCGGCCGACGGUAGCCCUCCAGCAGACGCCACCGACAACGACACUGCGAUGGGAGAGGGAGACCCGUCCAAGGACACAAGCAGCGACAAGUCGGACGAGGAGAUGCCCGACGAGGAGGAGGCGCCCCACGCCCGCGGGCCAGACAUCAUCGGCGCCGCCGACAUGGGCCCGCAGGCGCCGUCGUCGAGCACCUUCAGCCUCAGCUCCGGCGGGAACAUGGAGGUCCGCGGCAUCGACGUCGAGGCCGCCGUGGGCCGCAAGCACGAGGCGCCCGCCACCACGGACUCGGCGCCGGACUCAAGCGAUGACGGCGCGGUCAUGACGCCCGCGUCGUCCGAGGGCGAGGAGGCGAAGGCCGAGAAGGCGAGCAACGAGGGCAAGGUCGCGGAGAAGGAGCCCGGGGGCGACGAGAUGGAUACUGCCCCCUCGUCUGCCACGCUGUCGGCGCGGGUGAGCCCAACGCCGUCCUCGAAGCGCGGCGCAGAUGACGACGCGGACGCCGAGUCGGUGAGCAGCAAGCGGCUGAAGGAGGACAGUGGUGAUGCUGAGGAUCCCAAGCCCGAGGUGGAGGAGGCGGCUGAGGAAAAGAAGCCGGCGAACAAGGACGGGGCGCAGGACAAGGAGGGCAAGGACAAGGACGUCGAACUUCCGGACCAGGCACAAUCAGCCGGCGAAGAUACCGGCGCCACCACGACGGAGGAAAAGGAGGCAGAGAAACAUGAGAGCACCACGGAAACCAGCGAGGACCCGGCGGCCUAG